AUGACUGAACGUCUGUCUGUCCUCGCGGAUAUUGUAGAGAUGACUGAACGUCUGUCUGUCCUCGCGGAUAUUGUAGAGAUGACUGAACGUCUGUUCCUCGCAGAUACUGUAGAGAUGACUGAACGUCUGUCUGUCCUCGCAGAUAUUGUAGAGAUGACUGAACGUCUGUCUGUCCUCGCAGAUAUUGUAGAGAUUACUGAACGUCUGUCUGUCUUCGCAGAUAUUGUAGAGAUGACUGAACGUCUGUCAAUCCUCGCAGAUAUUGUAGAGAUGACUGAACGUCUGUCUGUCCUCGCGGAUAUUGUAGAGAUGACUGAACGUCUGUCUGUCCUCGCGGAUAUUGUAGAGUUGACUGAACGUCUGUCUGUCCUCACGGAUAUUGUAGAGAUGACUGAACGUCUGUCCUCGCAGACAUUGUAG